UUUCGUAGUCUGCAUCUAUCAUAAGCAAAAAAUAAUUUAGCUUAGAGCAUCAAAGCGAUGACAUUCCGAAUCAGAAAGGCUAGGGUUUCGCUGAAACCGCCCUCUCAUUCCCAGUCCCAGGACACAAAUAAUCAGAGACCUGCUCAGGCUGAACCUGUCAUGGAUAGAGGUGAUUGGAAGACUCAUCUUUCUGCUGAUUCACGCCAUAGGAUUGUCAAUAAAAUCAUGGACACAUUGAAGAGACAUCUUCCUGUUCAUGGACCAGAGGGACUGCAUGAGCUAAGGAAAAUUGCUGAAAGGUUUGAGGAAAAGAUUUAUUCUGCUGCCACAAGCCAGUCUGAUUACCUCCGGAAAAUAUCUUUGAAGAUGCUGACAAUGGAAACAAAAUCUUUUAAUGCUGCAACCAAUUCUCUGCCAUCCAACUCUGCUGGUCACAGCAAGAAAUCCUCUGCUAGGAAAAAAUCCCUCAGAUCCAGACUCUGAGGCUGGAAAAUGGAGUUGGUUGGAAGUUGCUGCUUCAUAGGUCUACUAUGAUUUGGAAAUUUGCAAAUGUAGAAUCUAAGUAACAACUCGGUCUACGCAUGAUGUGAUUUCUGGAUAAAAUGUUGAUAUGAUGUUUGAAUUUCAAAUCUUUUGUAUUGGAAUGUUAGAUAUGUAGUUGGAAGGUGAUAUGGAAUGUUACAGUUUUGACUAA